UAAGGACACACACACGUAAAGGUUACACCAUCGUAGCCACAAAUAGCCAAAAAUCCUAUUACCUAUCUGAAAACUCGCGAUCACAAUCAACAUAGAAGUCGAAUCAAAUUAUUACAAUCGCCAAAAUGGAGGAGACUGAAACUUUUACCCUUUUACCUUUACAUAUCGAUCACAAAUCAAAAACCAUAUCGACUUCCUCCAACUCUAAAGCCCUCAAUGAAGAAUUAGAAACAAUCAAUAACCUCUGUCGCACACUCAUCGCGAUGGAAUCACCGACGGGAAUUCCUCCUCCACCCGUCCCAGUGAACCCCAAACGUUCCGCCAAUAUCACCAAAUUGCGAGAGUCGGGAAAUGGAGAGUUUCGCAAAGGCAGACAUGGAGAAGCUAUUAAAAUGUAUACUCUUGGUCUACAAAUGGCCCUCAACAGACCUCUUUGGGAACCUUGUGGGUUGGUGAGAGAUGAGGUGUCCGGGUUGUAUGCGAAUAGAGCGCAGGCGCAUAUGGCGUUGCAGAAUUGGGUUGAGGGAGCUAUGGAUGCGGAAUGUAGUGUUGAGGCUAAGAGGGGUGGAAAUGCAAAGGCGUGGUGGAGGAGGGGAAGAUGUUUGAUGGAGAUGGGAAGGUUAGAGGAGGCGAGGGAGUGGCUUGGAAGAGGUUUGGAGAUGGAGAAUAAUGAAGGGGAUUUGGUGGCUUUGUUGAGGGAGAUUGAGGCAAGGGAAAAGAAAACGUUGCAUGUUUAAUUUGGAGGUAUAAGUAUGGUAAUGGGAUUUGUAUGAAUUAGAGGGUGGAGCUGAGGCGUUUUCUUGGGUUCACGGGAGUAUCUGCAAGAAGGGUCAACCGCCUGUUAAUAUCGAAAUCAGAGGGGAAGCUCUCAACCAACACAAGGCAGGCAUUUGAAAGGAAAGAAUACAUUUCAUUCGUUUAUCGGUGGACAGUAUAUCGACGACUUGAAUGACAUAGUGGCAUGUAGCAUACACAUGGAUUAAGGAUUGUUUUCACUUGUCUGGUAGUCCAGUUAUGCAAAGUCGCAGCAAUCUAUGCCAAAUACUUCAAUGGUCUGGGGUUGAAAACAAUAUCAACAUUUACUCCGUCUGAUUAUUCAAAACUCGGCGAUGGAUUUACAGAUAUUCAUUACACUUACUCGCGAAUGGACCUUUUACACUUACAUGCAUAGGGCAUUUGCAUAAAACGUCGUGAUAUUCUUAAAUCCAACGUGUCAUUAUGGUAGCUAUCUAUUUAUUCUUUUAAACCAAGUUGCCCCAAAUCUGAAUAUUCGAUCA